UGUGCAUAAUAUACUGUAUUAAAGAGAGAGAACAACAAGCUUCACUGCAGACGCAGCAAAACUCAACCACCCCGGUGUGAAGUUUACACAUUAAACCCGACUGAGCUCCAUUAAAUCCCAUCAUGUACAUCAAAUUCUGUAAUUUCGGACCCUAUGCGGAUGUGAAAGUGUCUGGGAAAGCGAAGGAUGAGUCGAACACAGAUGUUUACCAGAAAGUUCGUCUGUACAAGAGGAUUUCCGCUGUUUUCAUCAUCCUGACUUUGGUCUUACUGGCUGUGGUUCUUGCUCUGGCUAUGAAGUUAUAUGAAGUUCAGUCCAUCCAGAAGUAUCCAGAGAGACCUGAAGUUGAAGAACCUGAAGAAUUCAACUGUAGCCGCCAGUUAUGUCAGACCAUGUACCCCUCAACACAGGAUGUCCAAAAGCAUGUGUAUCAGUGCACUAUGUGUCCGAAGGGCUGGUUGAAGUUUGAGAACUCCUGCUACUUCAUAUCUAAAGAGCGUCUAACCUGGCAGGAGAGCAGGGAGGCGUGUCAGAAACAGGACGGAGACCUGGUUGUCAUCGACAACGAACGUGUGCAGAAACAUCUAACUCAGAAUGGGGGCAUGCUGUACUGGAUCGGGCUCCGUUACUCAGAAAAGCAGCAGUGGAUGUGGAUUAAUAAUACCGCACCCACCCAGAACUACUGGGCUCAUGGCCAGCCAGUGCCAGACUCUCAAGGCUCCUGUGCACUGCUAAGAGGACGGAUGUCACACAAGAACAACUGGAUUUCAAACCGCUGUGGAGUGUUGUCACAGUACAUCUGCCAGAGAGGUUAAAAGUGGAGAGUGAUCAACCAUAACCAUCACAUACAUCUGCUACAUUUGCCUUUAAUAUCAUCAUUUUACUCUUUUAUUUACUCUUUAACAAAUGCAGUUCAUAAGUAGUAGCAAAUACAGAAUCAGUACAUGAAACAAUCCUGUUCUGUGAUGCACAAUCAAGUAGACAUGCUAUGUAUUUUACUUGUAAAUUGUAAUGCUUUUAAUUGCACUGCUACAAAAUUAGUUUGCACUCAUUUCUAUAAAACCUUAUUUGCACUAAAAAGUUUGCAGAAUGCAUGAUAAAACUAAUAUUUAUAUAACUAAGUAGCAGCCUUUAAAAUAAGUAUUGAGAUGUCAAUGAGUAUAGAUGCCUUUACAGUGAUUCAGUUUAAAAUUCUACCAUCUUGUCUUCACUUUUGUAAUGCACUCUUCUUAGCCCACACAGUUUGUGUCGUGAUUUUUUUCAAAAUAAAGUAGUAUUCACUCAUUAAAAUAAUGAAAUGAUUAUAAGUUGUACAGAGUCAGUAUACUUCCAACACGUUUCAUCUCUUGAGCAUGUGAAUGCUCUAUGUUCCUUGUGUAUAAAAUGAGAAGGCUGUGGCGUGAAAUCUGCAAGCAAAGCACUUCAGUAUUUUGCAUGCUUUUCAUGUCUGCUGGGUCUUGGGCCUUGGUCGUUUCUCUCACUUCCCUCUUUCUUGUCCGAGUCAUCAUAUUUUGUGAACACAACAUACUGUCUGAUCUUCUGCAUAAACUGGUCAUUGCAUCCUCCACUCUGAAAUAAAUAUAGUGUUAAAUGAUAAGUGUUAAAACUAUGAUUAUGAUUUAUAUCGUAAUAUCAUGUAUCAUGAUUGUGAUCAGUUUGGUCAUGAUCAUAAUAUUAUUGGCCAUCAUGCUUGUGUUCCUUAUCAGAGAUACCAGCGGUCUCCCAGGCCAUAGUGCAAACCACACAUAGCCAGCCUUGGUUACAAACACCGCAGCGGCUGAUGGUCCAGCAUCAGAGUGGUGGCUACCACCUACACAGAUCCCAGUAAACUAAACAAUCAUCCAACAUGACACAGUGAACUACACUAUUGGUCCAAAGUUUAGACACACUCAUUCUUUCUUUAUUUAUUUAUGAAUAAUAAAGUCAUCAAAACUCUGGAGUAACAUAAGUGAAAUCCACAAUAAAUCAAAAAUAAUUUAGUAUUUCAGCAUCUUCAAAGUAGACCCCCUUUUUGCCUAGAAUUUCCGGAAAUGUAUUCUUGGCAUUUUCUCAACCGAUUUCUUGUGGAAUCUCCCUGAGAUGCUUUAUAAACAGUAUUGAAGCAGUUCCCACCAACACUGGACACUUAUUGGCUGCUUUUUGGAAUAUUUCGCUCCAAGUCAUCCAUUUAAAAAAAUAUUUUUUGCAAAUAAAAUGUUAGUUUUCUAAUGAAAGGAAUACAUAUGUAUGUUGGCACAAUUAUUUUUGUCUAUAACACCGAUUUCAAACAUUUAAUCAUACACCUUCAGAUAAUGAGAAACAUUUCAGUCAAGUGUUACAACACACUAGUUGUGGGAUGGGAAGUUUUUUGUGUGCUGUGCCAUAUUUUGUGUGCAGGUCCGAACUCCCGCCCAGAGUUCCAGCCUGCCCUAGCCUGCUCUGCUCCCGCCUCCCAGGAUGACAUCACUGAGCGGCGGCCACUGAAGAGGAAGAAGAGUGAGGAUGGUGAAGAGUAGGAGAUUGUUUGGUUUGUGUUGUUCGCCCUUUCUAUAUUCACAAUUCUAUAUUCUGACUGCUGUUUUGGGUUUUGACUCUUGCCUGAGGAUGGACUGUGAUUUUGAUUGUUCCUGUAUCUGGUUGUGUAUACUCUUGACCAAUGUAUACACGUUCACUUGGUUCACUGGCGGUAGGGGUGUGGCUGCCAUUUCUUUUGGGAGAGGGUCCUUUUGUCUCUGUUUGUGGCUUAGGGAGUUAGGGAAGUAUUUGUAUUUUCUUUGUUAUUUUCUUUUUAGGUAAGCUAGCUACAUAACAAUAGAAU